CCUACAUAACAAACUCUUCUCCCAUUUGGUCAUUUUCGUUUCUACCCCCGAAAUCUUGUAUUUCAUGGAUAGUUGACUGACAAGGAUUCGAAUACCCCCGAACCAGCUCCGCUUUGUUUGACAUGGAAUGGUUGGAAUGCGCCCGAUCUCCUGGGUCUUGUUUCUUCUCUGUACCUUCGUACCUCUACGAAAUGCCGUUAAAGCUUUACCAGACUGGGACAGUGCCGAAGCCGCAGACGGACAUUUGCAGCUGAUGGGUCGGCCUUAAUUCUUCGCAGUCGGAACCGCUCCCCUGGCUUUGAUGAGCUACCAUGUUCCAGUUAAAAAGUUUGUGAUGGAUGGGAAGGGUUGGAUGUAUUCAUUCAUCAUGCAGCCUUGUCCUAAUUUUCGCCUUCCUUCUGACCCCUACUCAACUUGAAAAAGUUGCUCAGCAGCACGUUCAAGUCCAAAUAUACGACUAUCUUCUUGCAUACAAAACGAUAUCGCAUUGUCGAUCGUUCCAGCUCAGUUUUUUACUGGCCAGACAUAAUCUUAGUCCUCAGUCAGCCACGCGAGUGGACAGCCUGGUACAAUCAGUGAAAUGAGGCUGACAUAACGUACAAACAAAUCAAUACGAACCUCUAUAAUACUGAGACAUAAGGAGAUACGUCGACCACAAUGAUGGCACAGAAUCUUUGGGGGUCAUUCAAGGCUGUGUCUGUGCUUUUGACGUUGUUCUUGUCGGGAGGCACUUCAGGGAUCACCCAUGGACAAGGUCAAUCAUUAACGGUGAUGCAACCUCCCAGGACUGUCAGGAUGGAAGACAUUGGCUUGGACCAAAGAACUGGCAGACUCCCCACGCAUAUGCCUUAGUAUUAUCCGUAAGAGCAUAUGUCGCAGUUUUUACUCGUGCAGCAUGAUUUACCUCUUUAUUUGGAUACUCGAUGGCCUUGUUAUCUUGUUC